AUGGGAAAGAUCUCGCAUGUCAUCGCAAAUGCCGGCAUUCAUCGCCCCGAUGAUAUCUUUUCGUAUUCUGGAGACCAUCAGGAGCCGAAAGAGCCCGAUUUGAGCGUGAUUGAUGUCAACAUCAGAGGCACUUUGUAUACCGCCAAACUAGCAAUGAUCCAGCUCGGGAACUACUCUCUCAAUAUGUGGCGCUGA